UCGCGGUCUGCUUAUAUCCAUAUGCAUUGUUUGUGUUGGUGAACCUGGCGAAAGCUCGUGUAGUAUCUUCUCUUAUACCGACAUCGCUUGUUCAAACGCCGACGAAUGAAAGCUCCGCGCUUUUCUUAUCGCCGCCUCGAUGAUUCGAGCCCUGCAAGCUCUGCCAUGAGAGGGAGUCGUCCACCGUACCUGCAUCGAGCUGAGAUGGGCUCGCGCAGUGUUCCCGGUGCUGGCGUCGCUGGAGUAUUGAUCAACGAGGACAGCGGCGAUGGAGGCGGCGUCGUCGUCGGCGGGGGUGGCGGUGGAGGUGGCGGCGGGGGCGGCGUCGCGAGGGGGGUCGGCGCCAUGGCGGCAGUACGAGGUCGGACCUUGCCGAGGACGGGGCAGAGAGCUGCGCUUAGCGGAACCAUCACGGUAUCGAAACGGCCCCCGGCGGCGGUGGCGGCGGUAAAUUCCGCCGCAGGAAUCAAGCAACCGAAGACGAUUAAAGCCCCCGGAAGUUUCGGGCUGCCUCCGAUUAACGGGACGAAAAAUCCACCCUCCAGGAAGAGCCCAGGAAAACCGCGAGAGGGAGCCGACAAGGAAAACGCAGCGGGAGCCGGUCCGAAAGCUCGGUCCUCGAAAAGGCCCCGCGAAAACGAAGGGAAUGGAAAUGCAGGGAACGGUUUGGCCCUCCGACCACCGAGAGUGAUCGCCCCGAAGAUGGCCAAGAACGCGGGAGAGAGCAGGAUACCGAUGCCGGGUUCCAUCCGGCCCUCGUUUCUUCCUAAGCCCAGGGUAGUCGCCCAGCACAAGGUUGCAGGAUUCGAAAUUCCUGUAACGCCACAGAAUGCCGGACAACGAGGAUCGGUGAAAUCGCUUAUGGAGAGCCUCUACUUGGCAGACAAGGGUUGCGUCACUUCGACGCCAUUUGUUCAUUCGAAUACGGGUGCCAAAGCCUUCGACGAAACCUUCGGGCUUUCACCUCUGGAGAAUGUCCGCAAUGAGGAGGAUGGAAAGUCUAAAACUCCAUCGCCGACCUCGAAAACGAAAAUCCCACCCGGUAAUCGUCUGGUCUUGCCAACGAUGUUUACGAAGCCGUCGAUCCCCUCGACGAACGAAGCAACCGUCUCGCCGGGAGCAAAAUCGACGAACCUUAACGUGACCGGAACCGUUGCGAAGCCGAAACCAGCGCCGCAGGAAGUCGAAACGUCAAAGUCGCCGGAGCAGAAGACUCAGUCAGUUGCAGAUGCGGGUGUUUCGAAGAAGAAUGGAGCCUCACCGACGGGAAACGAGGGGAGAAAGUCCCUGCCAAAAAUUAACGAAGUCUCUGCUCUACCGUCAGACGCAGGAGCCGAAAACAAAUGGAUGCCAAAGUCUUCUACGGGCGUAAAGAACAUUACCCACCUAAUUAACAAGGUCGAAAAUGCUCUUCUGCGUCAAGCAGUGUAUAAGGUGAACGACGUGACGGUGAAUUUGAGCAAACCGUCGCCGAAACCAACCGGGGCCAUAUUUACGCUCAACGAAUCGUUCAUAAACGUGAAACCGACGGUAAACGGAAACUCCGGCGAUUCGGAGCAGACGACGACUGUGCCGAAUUUCUACGCCGAUAAAUCACCCGUCGUCGAGGCACCGUUUACGAAACGAAUGACGUACACAUGUGGGAAAAAUGACCAGCCCAACGAUGGGGCCCAAUCGAAGAACCUGACCUUCGACAAACCCGGCCUGAUCGCAGGCCUUAGUCCCGACGUCGCGAAACAGAACGGUGGAAUUCUGUCCCGCGAGGAUAUGAACGACACCUUCUUGAUCGGGGAUAAGGCUGGUCAUGGCCAGGCCGAGUUUACCAAGGAACAGAAGGCCUCGAACGGGACGUUUUUGAUCGACGGCAUCGAGAACAUCGACGCUUUUUCACGGACCAUAUCGUUACCCGACAGAGAAAUUAACGCCCGCAAUAAUCCGGCAACGAAUUUAUUCCCUACGACACUUGAGGACAAAGUGAAAAACGACAACGAACUAAACGACACGUACUUCAUCGAGCCGGGAAUCCCCACUCGCGCCAGCAUUGUCAGUGGAUGUUUAAUGAGCAAAGAACCGGCCGAGUUUCCGAGCAUUUUUUACGACUCCAUGCGCCUGAGUCAGAUCGAGUACGUCAACGACAGCUGUCUAAUCGACUACACCGUAACUACGGACACGACGAAUCGGUCGAUCCUCCAGGAGUCCUCGAACCCGACUGACGAUUCGGCGAGGAACUUCGACUUUUUUGACUCGAAGGUCACCAUGAUCGACGAUAUCGGCGACAGUUGCCUCGCCGACCGGACUCUGCAGGUCACUAACACCUUAGACGAGCCCUUGAUACCAGAACUCAUCUCCUGCAAGCCAAAGGAAAUCACCCUGGGUCCGACUUCCGGUCCGUACAGUCUCCUGGGUCUGAACGUCCCCGAAGAAGAGGACGAAUUGACGCCUCCGGCAGCACCGCCUCCCUCGAAAGCUACGCCGGCUCCUCACUACCUGAUGCUGAACAAGCAGAACUCCUUCGAGCACGACGAGAGCUUGGGCAUACUGACGCCAGACCAAAUGGCGGAGUUCAGCAUGGCCUUGGAGUGCUCGAGGACUCCGUCCUGCGAAAACUUGACCGGCUCCGGGGGUUCCAGGAUCGCGAUGACGAGGGCGUCCGCCUCCAGACCGUCGGACCUCCCCACAUCCGUCGACGGCGGACCCACCGAAGGAUCAAGCGAGCGGACACCGUCCCCCGAAGAUCUUCCGCUCGACCCGAAACCCGCUGAACCAACGCGGACCGUUCCGGUCAGCUUCAUCACCUCCGUGACCAGCAUCACUAGUCUCGAGGCUGGCUACCAGGGUGACGGCGAAAACUCGAGGCCGGCAAGCCGCGGAGCCGAUCCGGCGCCUGUCGCACCGCCACCGAAUCUUCCAGCUCCUCGAACCGAUCCUAUGACCGAUUCGGACUUCUUCACGGAGAGCGACGCCGACGCCCACGAGGAGAUCGUCCGCGGUGAUCGCAGGGCUCAGGUCAUCGAUGGUACACUUUUCUGCGCCCCCGGUGGGAGACGCUGUCCCAGCUUCACUGGCGAGGAAAUGGACUCCAGUGGUAUCUAUUCCGAUCUCGAUCGCAGGCAGGACGAUCAACAACACGAGGAACCCCACAGCGAAGGUCAGACUCCAGACACCGCUGAUACAGAGUCGCAAAAGAGCCAGCCGUCACCUCAUUUGAUCGACAAUCAACAGCAGCAGCAGCAGCAACAACUUCAGCAGCCAAUCAUCACGGAUAAUCUACAGGUACCAGCGAGCAAUUUGAACACAUCGGUGGAUUCGAACACGUCGGUUGGUACCUUAGAGGCGACUGUGAUCGAGGUUCAAAAUCAGAGUCCGCCGGCAAAGGCAUUGAACAAGUCGGAUCCGGUGCCCUUGAAAAAGUACAAGAUGCCCAAGCGGAACGUCGUCUCGAAGAUCAAGGCUAUGAUCGAGUCCGGACCGAAAGACGAGUCCGAAAAGGAAGCACGACGGCCGCAAAGGACGCCGAGGAAGGGUGGACGGUGGGACGCUGUUAUGAGCAAGAUAGAAGCCGGGAAAAACGAGCAAAGGUCACGACCACCGAGGAAGGAGGUCAAGUCAAGGGUGUUGCAAAGCCUCGGUCCUCCACCUUUGACGGCGAAUCGACGAUCGCCCGGAGACUCCACGAAGAGCAAGAGCAGGAGAACCAGAGGACGUCAGGAUGUGAUUUCGCCUACUCAGGAGACUGCGCAAAGCUCGGUGCACAGUUCGAUGAGUGACAUCAGCAGUGCCCCCAGGUCGGCGAAGAAAAGAUUGGGCAGUCCUGGGGGCAGCGAGGGAUCGGCACAGUCAACGCCACGGAUUUCGUCUCCUCGACAACACCAGCCGCCACCCUCGUCAUUGACGAUUGUUAACAACGUCGUUUCAUCCGGGAACGUAAACAACAAUAUCAACGCCGCCGCCGCCGCUGCCGCAGCGGCAAACGUUGUCAACAACAACAAUAACAAUGCUAAUAAUAAUCAGCAAACCUCGGCUCGGCCGAUACCAUCACAUUCCCAGAGGUCACCGACCGUUGGAACACCUCCGCGAAGACCGGUAAACGGAAGAACGAGCCAACAGCAUCAGCAGCAUCAGCAGCAGCAACAACAGCAACAGCAACAACAGCAACAGCAAUCACGGAUCAACGGUUCUGAGGCGAAGAAAAAUUCGCUCGAUGUAUCUCGAGUAAAUCUAGAAAAGAGUCCCUCAGCAGCACGAAAGCCCGCCGUACCGCGGAGAUCGACGUCCAACGUCGUCCCGAAAAAUCAGAGCGUCUCUCCGCCUAAGGCCGGACCGCAGAUGGUGAUGGGUCCGGUUACAUUCGUUGCAGAUCGCGGGGCCAAGGAACCUACCCCUGCGCCGAUUAGGGGGCCCAUUGAGACGCGGGAACAGGCCCAUCAGACUGACCCAACGCACGAGGAAAUCCACCUUAAACAAGCCGAGGUCUCCGUCCAGGCCUUGUCCGUCAUCGUGCAGUACCUCGCUCACCAGCUCGAUGGCUUCUCAGCACCGAGACUGAAGAAAGACUGCGAGAGGAUGAAGACUGAAUGGCUGGAGGCACGGCUCGAAGCGGAAGAGUUAAGGGCCGGAUAUCGCCGUGUUGAACAACAGUUAACCGAGCAACACGACGAACGAAAACGGGCCCUGGAUAAUCUACGAGCUGAGCUGGAAUCCCGUCACGCUCAGCGUCUUACGGAGAUGGAAUCAGCGCUCCAAGAGGAGCGUGAAAAGUGCGAAGCGCGUCUUCAGGACACACUGAACAACUCAACGAAGGAGUUGAAGGUGACGAUAGCCCGCCUGCGAACAGAGCACGAAGCGGACCUGAUGCGACGAGAAGCUGCGACGGAGCGAAGAUCGGCGGUCCACGAUCAGGGAGCAGCGCUGCGAGCGGAGGCGGAUUCCCUCCGAACGGUGCUCGAGCUGCGGAGCCAGGAGAUCGCGGCGUUGCGAGCGGAGAACGACAACCUCCGUCGAGAAGUGGAGGUGAAGGAGGCGCUCGAGGCAAAGGUGGUAGCACUGGAGGCGCGGAGCGAGGAUCUGCGCGCGCAGCUGCAGCGAAAGGAGACUUUCGAGCGUCAGUUAUCGCACGAGAACAAGGUGCUGCUGGAGUCGUUCCACCAGGAGUCAAAGCAGAACAAGCGGCUCUCGCAGCACAACGAAGAGUUGCAAUGGCGGCUGCGUCAGAACAACGAGGUCGUCACGGUGCUGGCGAAUCAGCUCGCGGCCCCACCGCAGCGUCUGACGAGAUCGUUGGGCCCGGAGCACACGAGCCUUUCCCAUUCGCUCGACGACUCGCCACCGGCCUCACCGAUGGUUAAAUCUAUGGUCGAGAAGAGCGACUCGGUAUCCUGGACUCUGGAGAUCGAAGAAUCGCCCGAGGCGAUGGCCUCUCGUUUGCUGCGCCGCUCCGGAUCGAGUCGCGGCAUCAGUCCCAGCGACUCAAGGCCCAAAAGGCCCCGACAGCCGUCCUCAUCCUCGCCCGUCACAGCCGCCACCGUUUCCCGCCAGAGUUCGCUUCGCGCGACGAAUCCUCAGCGAGCCGUUGUCCUCAGGGCCCGCUCGAAGAGCGUUUCCAUCGGCGACAACGGGCCCCAGGACACUUGGGCCUCGCCUGGAUUCACGUCAACACCAUCCGCCGCACGAAGAAGACCAAGAAGCGAUCCCGCCACUAAUACCACCGUCGUUAACCAGGAACCGAGCCCCGGCCUGAGGCCCCAGGAGGCCGGUGGCGAGGCGAUGAUAUCCGAAGAGACCUCGGCGUCCAGCAGCGAAGACGAAUCCUCGGCCAGCAGCGACAUUCCACGACUAGCGAUGGAACUAUCAUGGAGCGAAUCGGAGGGUUGACGUAUCGCCCCCGACGCCUGCUGCGGCUGGAGGAGGACCAAGAGCCUCUAAGACUUUCGACUAUACCUAUUAUACAUUGUACGAACACGUGUGAAGAGUUUUGAAUUUUUUUUUUUUUUUUCUCGUUUUCUUUUAUCGUUAUUACACUGUUUUUUUCUUUUCUUACCAUUUUUUACUCA